AUGGAUACGCCACUCGAUAUUGCCAAAAGGGAAAUUCGUGAAUCGCUCAGGUUUAGUUUGUUCGCUACACAUUGUCUUGGUGUAUCAUUUACAGCUCCUAAGAAUAGGUUAAUAAGAAUCUUUAAAAAUGCGGUAUUUUUCACAAGCGUUUCGUUUAUUAUUCUCCACGCGAGUUCAGAUGCAGUUAAUAUAGGGCUUACACCGUUUUCCGUUGAGAAUGUCGUGCCACUCUUGCAUACACAGUGCUAUGCUAUAUUUAGUGCUAUAAAGGCGUGUGUGUUAUGGUACAAGAAAACUGUGUUUCAACAAUUGCUGACCGAACUUGCUGAAAUCUGGCCUGUGCCUCCACUAACGGCUGAAAAUCAAAGGAUCAAAUACAAAAGUUUGAGUACUUUGCGCAGAGUUCAUGCUUGGUACUUCGCAGUUAACCUCUGCGGGGUGUGGGGUUAUAAUCUGACACCGAUAUGCAAACACUACUAUCGCCGAUACUAUGGUGAAGAAUCUCAAAUCGGUACCAUUUGGUCAUCCUGGUAUCCUUUUGACAAAACGCAACCAGUUGCUCACUUUUUCGUUUACCUUUUUGAAAUUCUAAUGGGUCAAGUGUGUGUGUGGAUAACAUUAAGUAUGGAUUUAUUAUUUUCGGGAAUGGCAAGCCAUAUUGUAUUGUUGCUACGUUUUCUUCAAGACCAACUUAAAUCAUUAACGGUUUUAAAUAAAACAGAGAAGGAAUAUCAUCAGGAAAUUUUUAAUUGUAUAAAACUUCACCAACGCUUAAUUAGAUAUUGUUUUGACAUUGGGGAAGCUUUUUCUUUCAUAAAUUUAGUAAAUAUUGUACUCAGUUCAAUCAAUAUAUGCUGCGUUGUUUUUACCAUAUUGGUUUUGGACCCCUUCCUGGCGAUUAGUAACAAACUCUUCUUGGUGUCGGCUUUACUUCAAGUGGGUAUGCUGUGUUGGUAUGGACAAGAUAUAAUUCAUGCGAACUCAAAUAUAUCAAUCGCGGCAUAUAACAGCGAAUGGUAUGAAAUGAGUCCACGAUGUAGGCGUGCACUCCUCUUAAUGAUACAAAGAACACAAAAACCUAUUGGAUUCACAGCAAUGAAUUUUACAUAUAUAUCCUUAUUGACGUAUACAGCGAUAAUGACACGAGCGUAUUCCUAUUUCGCUCUGCUCUAUACAUUAUACAAUAAAAACCAUGGGUCAUAA